AUGGAGGCAGCUCCGGUGCUGUCCACUCCGGACGACCGCAUAUUUGAAUUGACCGAGCCUGUCGCCCCAAUCCAUGCCUCUCAGCGGCUGUCCGAUGCCGAACUUUCGAUCACGUACGACAUCGAACGCACCUUGACGGAAAUUCGCCAAGCCCGAUACAAGCGCAUCGCUCUACAAUUUCCCGAUGAUAUGCUUCCGGAUGCUCCGCGGGUGUUUCAGCUUCUCAGCCGCGGCCUUAAUUCAGACGAGGUCGCCAGCGCGAAUAGGACAAGUGCGGGACAGGCAAAUUGUCAAGCCGGCACGGAAGCCAAUAUAACAGAGGGUGUGUCUCAGCUGUCUGUAGAUUACCAGGAGACUUGGUCGCCGCGUUUGUACAUCCUGGCCGACACCUCCUACGGUACGUGCUGCGUGGAUGAAGUGGCAGCAGAGCAUGUGGAUGCUGAUGUCGCGGUGCACUACGGGAGGUCUUGCUUGUCCCCAACUGCGAGGCUGCCAGUUAUAUAUGUUUUCACAAACAAGCCACUGUCAAUAGACCCCGUCGUGGAAGCCUUUAAGACGACUUAUACGGAUCCGACUACCAAAGUCAUCAUCGCAGCCGAUGUCACCUACGCCGCUCAUAUUCAGGACGUGUAUAAGCGCCUCGUCGAAGAUGGAUACAGCAAUGUGUUUGCUACAGAGGUGAUCCAUGAACCUUCGUCAGCCAUUCCUAAUCGCUCUGUGCCUGAGUCCGUCAGGGAGGCACCCGAUACCCUGUCCGGUUGGCAGCUGUUCCACAUCUCCGACCCACCAACCGCUCUUCUCUUGACCCUUGCUUCUCGUGUGGCUGCUAUUCAUAUCUACCCCACCAAUAACCCAGGCAACAACCAUGUCAAGCCUUUGCCGGCAUCUACUGCUGCAUUGUUGGGACGGCGAUAUGCCCUGAUUACCCGCCUCACGACAGUCCCUAUCUGGGGUAUCCUAAUCAACACGCUCAGUGUCAAGAACUACAUGGGCAUCGUGGACCAUGUGAAAGAGAAAAUUGCCGCCGCUGGCAAGAAGAGCUACAUGUUUGUCGUAGGCAAACUUAACGCCGCUAAAAUCGCUAAUUUCAGUGAGAUUGGUGGCUGGGUGGUGAUCGGCUGCUGGGAGAGCUCAUUGGUCGAUAGCAAGGAUUUCUUUACGCCAGUGAUCACACCGUUCGAAUUAGAGCUGGCGCUGAAGAGUGACGACGAACGAGUAUGGACGGGAUCCUGGCAAAGCAACUUUCAAGCCAUCCUCGACAAGCCGGAUGGGGAGUCAGACGAAGCAGACCAGACAUCAAACGGUGCAACCAUGGACGAGGAAGAUGGCAUGUCGGAACCCGAGUCUGCACCGCCCGAGUUCGAUCUGCGUACUGGGCGCUACGUUUCCCAUUCGCGACCGAUGCGGGAUCCCGCACCCCGCGCUUCCGCCGCGAUCGAUGGGUCGUCUGGGCCUUCCGCUGCUAGGGCGCUGGCCCGGCGGGCUAAGGGCGAUCUAGCGAUGAUCGGCGGUGCCGUAUCACCAGGGGCCGAAUUUCUACGGUCGCAACGGACUUGGAAGGGGUUGGGCAGUGACUUUGACAUUCGAUACGAUGAGGAGGAGUCGGACAGUACGCUGGUCAAGGAAGGGCGCAAGGGUAUUGCCAGGGGGUAUACGGUUGGCGAAUCAGGCGAGAGACAUUAG